CGUUUUCGAUGGUGGCAUUACUGAGUGGCGGCAACUUUGGCAAAUUAUUUCAUUCUUCGAUCUUCGGUUUGUUGAACUUUAGGUUAAACUUUAUGAGCAAAAUAAUCAUUGGAAUUCGAAUAAAUCGGGAAUUUUCCAAGUAAUAUGAGGUGCACCAUUCCAGAAAUAUCCUGGCACAAUAGAGAACCGGUGCUCAGCGUUGAUAUCCAUCCAGUUUCCAAUGAUUUUUAUAGGUUAGCUUCUGGUGGAGGAGACAGUCAUAUUUUGAUAUGGCAGAUGACCGUUUGCGAAAAUGGAUCCGUGAAACAAGAAGUUAUUGCUGAUUUAACUAGACACCAAAAGGCUGUGAACACAGUUAGAUGGUCCCCUUCUGGCCAAUAUUUGGCGUCUGCCGAUGAUGAUGCGAACAUCAUAGUGUGGCAAUUGAAAACUGACAAUAUACCUUUGCUAGAAGGAGAGUCUGAAGACAAAGAAAUUUGGAUUGUUUAUAAGAUAUUGAGGGGCCAUAAAGAAGAUGUAUAUGAUAUGUGUUGGUCAGUUGAUAAUAAGAAAUUGCUGUCUGGGUCUGUGGACAAUACUGCUAUUCUGUGGGAUUUGGUGAAGGGUAAAAUGGACCAUAUUUUGUCUGACCAUAAGGGAUUUGUUCAGGGUGUGGCCUGGGAUCCGAAGGGCCAGUUUCUGGCUACCAUCAGCACCGACAGAAUCUGCAGACUUUUUGACGUGUCUGGAAAACACGUUAGAGCUAGAAUACACAAAGGCAAGCUGCCGUUACCAUCUGAUCAUUUCUUGUUCGAGAAGGAAAGCAAAUACUUUCACGACGACACCUUCAAGAGUUUCUUCCGAAGAUUGGAGUUUUCUCCAGACGGUUCACUGUUGGUGGUGCCUUCUGGACAUAUCCAGGCAGAGGACUGCAAGAAAAUACUGAACGCUACAUUAGUUUUUACAUUGGACAAUUUCAACGAGCCAGCAAUCGUCCUGCCUUUGCCUCAACAAUCCAGCACCGUGGUCAGAUUCUGUCCCAUUCUCUUCGAACAUCACUUGCAAGGGCAGGAGCCCUUCGUGCGGCUGCCCUACAGAAUGAUAUUCGCCGUCGGCACCGAUCAUGACGUCAUUCUUUACGACACUCAGCAAUCGGUGCCCUUUGCCCGGUUCCACGAGAUCCACUACACUAGAUUGACGGACUUGACGUGGUCAGGUGACGGAUCGAUGUUGGUCGCUUCAUCCACUGACGGGUUUUGCGCUCUCAUAACCUUCGAGAAAGACGAGCUGGGAAUCCCCUAUUCCAAAGAAGAGGAGUUGGAGGAAGAAGUAGAAAAUGCCGUGGAAACGGUCGUUAAAGACGAGAACGUCGACGUCAACAAUAAAGUUUUGACAGGUGACAAAGAGAAAGAAAAAACGCGGUCCAGUUUCUUGAAGCAGUGGGCUCAAAAGCAAACGACAGCGAAGAAAAGCGAGCCCUCGGGUGCCAAAAACACGCUCGCUGUUGCUGGUGACGUCAUCAUGAUAACCGACGACGAGGAGGAAGAGGAGGAAAAGCGGGAGGAGCUGCGAGGGGCUGUCAAAGAGAUCAACAGGUUGAUGCCGAGAAGGAUACAACCGACGAGAGUGGAAGAGGGCAGCGAAGCGAAGCCCCUCAAGACACUAACUUCAGAUGUCGCGGCCAAGCCUAUAGCCGUACGAAGACAUCCACGAAAACAAGAGGACCUGAAACCUCUUGAUUCAAUCAUGAAACCUGUUGAUCCGUCAGCAACACCUGUUGAUUCAAAACAGAAACCUGUUGAUCCGACAGCAACACCUGUUGAUUCAAUAGCACUAUCUGUCGAUCCAAUACCGAAAUCUGUUGAACCAACAACAACACCUGUUGAUCCAACAGCAACACCUGUUGAUCCAACAGCAACACCUGUUGAUUCAAUAUCAAAACCUGUUGACUUAAUAUCAAAACCUGUUGAUUCAAUAUCGAAACCUGUUGAUUCAAUAUCAAAACCUGUUGAUCCUACCAAAAACAAGACAUUGUUCGUGAAGAUUAGCGAAGAGGAACACAGGAAGACGCAAUGCGCGUUGUUGAAAAGAAAAACAUCAGGGGUGGUGGUGGUAAAUGGACCGCAAGAAGUGGAUGUGAUGGAAAAAGUCGUCACCAUCGAAAAUGUUGGCACUCCGAAGUCGAAAAAGCCUCCAGCGAAAAAAAGGAAAGAUACCCCGACCAAGGUGAAAGUCAGCUCGUUGGUAGGAAGGAAAAGCAAGGGGACGCCGAAAAGUAACCCUUUGCUGAACUUUUUGACGAAAAAGAGCCCGUCCGUGUCGAAAAUCGAUCUGGCCUUGGACGAAGACGAGGCUAGAGAUGGUUGGACCAACAGGGAAAGUUGCUCGGAAAAGAAAAACGACGUACAGAGUGUCACUAGGGCCGAAGAAGAUUGUACGGAGGAUUUUUGCCUGCAACUGGAAGACACGCAGGAUGAGAAAAAGGGUGAAAAAAGCGGAUCGGCUGUAGUGAAAAGGGCGGAGGAUAAAGUGGGGCAGCCUAAAGUGCCCAGAAGGGUGCCCUUAAUCACUUUGGCGAGCCCUAAAAGCGGUCGGACGUUGAGUAGAAGGGAUGAGUCCUAGAGAUUGAGAGAAUUGAAUGAAUUAUGGAUAGGUGGCUUUGAAAUACCUAGUUGGUAUUUUGGAAUUUCGAAAUGGUUGGCUCAGCUUGUAUAUUUCUGUUUAGUUUUUGUAUUCGACUGCUUUACAUUGAUAGUUUUAUCUCAUCAUAUUGAUACUUCAUUGUUACUUUCAAUUUAGCAUAAAAGUAUUUUCGAUAUGUCUUGUGAAUAAUGUGUAAAUAAAACGUUUUUGAUAUAUUUUUUAUUUCUAGGAAUUUAUAGUAACGUUAGUUAGGAAUCUAAAAAAACUAGCUUUUAAUAUUCAACUGGUUAGUAAACUAAUUUUCAUAUUGAAAAUUACUGAUACCUAUUUAAAUUGUAUAUUUUUUAUAAUUUUUAUUCGAAUUUCAGUUGGAAUGUAAAUAAAACUAUUUAUGAUGAAGAUUUCAUGCA